UUUGAUGUAUAUCUUCGUAUAACUAGCUUGCAUGAGGCAAAUGCCACAUGCUAGUCCUCGAAAUUAGUUGCCCAUCAUGGCGCAGGCAGCUUCAGGGACAGACGCGGCCCAGCGCAUUUUCCACGAACUGAAAUCCAAGAACGAAGAAACCCGCUCCCGCGCAUCAUACGAACUCCACGAUAAUGUCAUCGCUGUCUCUAGAGAGCUGCCACCGGAUAAGUUCAUCGAAUAUUACAAUGCGGUCUCUCAGCGUAUCGCCCAACUUGUUGUUACCGGAAAUGAUGCAAAUGAAAAAAUUGGCGGGCUUCUUGCUCUCGAUAGGUUGAUCGACUUUGAUGGCGUCGAUGCUGCUCAAAAGACCACCCGUUUCGCCAGCUACUUACGAAGUGCACUACGGAGCAACGAUAACGCAGUCUUAAUAUAUGCAGCGCGCUCACUCGGUCGUCUGGCCAAACCUGGUGGUGCUUUGACUGCGGAGUUAGUGGAAAGCGAAAUUCAGUCCGCAUUGGAAUGGCUACAGUCCGAAAGACAAGAAAAUAGGCGGUUCGCUGCGGUCCUAGUCAUCCGGGAGCUUGCAAAAGGUUCACCGACUCUUCUCUACGGCUUCGUCCCACAGAUAUUCGAGCUUAUAUGGGUGGCAUUGAGAGAUCCAAAAGUUCUCAUUCGUGAGACCUCUGCCGAAGCCGUUAGCGAGUGUUUUGAAAUAUUAGCAGCGAGGGACGUCCAGGUCCGUCAACAAUGGUUUGGUCGAAUUUACGAGGAGUCUUUACAGGGCCUGAGGUCCAGUAAUGUUGAUUGGAUUCAUGGCUCGCUUCUCACCUUGAAAGAACUCCUCCUGAAAGGUGCUAUGUUCAUGAAUGAGCAUUAUCGAAAUGCCUGUGAAAUAGUCCUACGCCUCAAAGACCACCGUGAUCCGAAGAUUCGAACACAGAUCGUCCUUACCAUCCCCAUUCUAGCUUCAUAUGCGCCUCUGGAGUUUACGAAUGUAUAUCUACAUAGAUUCAUGAUAUAUUUACAAGCACAAUUAAAGCGGGAUAAGGAGCGAAAUGCUGCUUUCAUUGCCAUCGGAAAAAUCGCGAAUGCCGUGGGUAAUUCUAUUGGGCAGUUUCUUGAUGGGAUUAUUGUGUAUAUCCGGGAAGGGUUAACAAUGAAAGCUCGUAACCGUGCAGCAGUCAAUGAAGGUCCAAUGUUUGAGUGCAUCAGCAUGUUAUCACUGGCUGUCGGACAAACGCUUAGCAAAUACAUGGAGGCCUUACUGGACCCAAUUUUCGCGUGCGGAUUAAGCGAAUCCCUUACGCAGGCCUUGGUAGAUAUGGCGCACUAUAUACCUCCAAUAAAGGCAACAAUUCAAGAAAAAUUACUUGACAUGCUAAGCAUAGUCCUUUCUGGCUCUCCAUUCCGGCCUCUUGGCUGCCCGGAAAACCGCCCACCUCCAAUGCCUUCAUUUGCGAAGGACUAUGGAGCUUUUCUGCAGGAGCCAACCGACAGUGAAAUUGCCCUUGCACUGCACACGCUUGGCAGCUUUGACUUCUCUGGGCAUAUUUUGAACGAAUUUGUUCGUGACGUUGCUAUUAAUUUCGUCCAUAGGGAUAAUCCGGAAAUCCGGAAAGCGUCUGCAUUAACGUGUUGUCAACUUUUUGUCCACGACCCUAUCAUUAAUCAGACUAGUAGUCACUCGAUCCAAGUUGUUAGUGAAGUCAUAGAUACUCUCCUCUCUGUUGGAGUGGGAGAUCCAGACCCCGAAAUUCGGCGAAUCGUCCUAGAGUCGUUAGAUCAGAAAUUCGACCGUCAUUUAGCCAAACCUGAAAAUGUUCGAUGCCUUUUCCUCGCAGUGAAUGACGAAGUAUUUUCGGUUCGGGAAGCUGCAAUCAGUAUUAUUGGACGUCUUUCUAGUGUUAAUCCGGCAUACGUUUUUCCGCCAUUAAGGAAAUUGUUGGUGAAUUUGUUGACUGGACUCAGCUUUGCUACCACAUCUCGCCAGAAGGAGGAAAGCGCGCAACUAAUCAGCUUGUUUGUUGCGAAUGCUACGAAACUCGUCCGAUCCUAUGUUGACCCCAUGGUGAAAGCUUUAUUUCCGAAAACAACUGAUCCAAAUGCUGGAGUUGCAUCGACAACUUUGAAAGCCAUUGGUGAACUUGCGACAGUCGGUGGUGAGGAUAUGAAGCAAUAUUUGCCGCAGCUCAUGCCAAUUAUCCUGGAAGCACUUCAAGAUUUAUCAUCCCAAUCUAAGCGAGAAGCAGCAUUACGAACACUAGGCCAACUUGCAAGUAAUGCUGGCUAUGUCAUCGAGCCUUAUAUUGAAUAUCCAAAUCUCCUCGCUGUCCUGAUUAACAUUAUAAAAACCGAACAAACUGGAUCUCUGAGAAAGGAGACUAUAAAGUUGCUUGGUAUCCUCGGCGCUUUGGAUCCAUACAAACACCAGCAAAUAAUUGAAUCCUCGCCCGAUAUCCAUCACGUAAAUGAAGUCCAAACGGUAUCGGAUGUUUCCCUUAUCAUGCAAGGUCUCACCCCCUCUAACGAUGAAUAUUAUCCCACUGUCGUUAUUAACACCCUCCUUCAAAAUAUCCUCAACGAAAGUUCUCUCUCCCAAUACCACUCUGCUGUUAUCGAUGCCAUUGUUACCAUAUUCAAAACCUUGGGGUUGAAAUGCGUGCCAUUCUUAGGGCAAAUUAUACCUUCUUUCCUCUCCGUUAUUCGAAGUACUCCCACCAGUCGGCUUGAAUCUUACUUCAACCAAUUAGCAAUCAUAGUGACCAUUGUCAGACAACACAUCCGAGCCUUUUUGCCAGAAAUCAUUGAGGUCAUCCGUGAAUUCUGGGAUUGCUCUUACCAAGUCCAAGCCACAAUAUUAUCUCUUGUCGAGGCAAUUGCAAAGUCCUUGGAAGGAGAGUUCAAGAAAUACUUGGCAGGCUUGAUCCCGCUUAUGCUCGACACCUUAGAGAAGGAUAAUACGCCAAGACGACAGCCAUCAGAAAGAAUUUUACACACCUUUUUGAUAUUUGGGCCGAGCGGGGAGGAGUAUAUGCAUCUAAUCGUUCCGGCCAUUGUUCGUUUAUUUGACAAAAACCAAGGUCCUCCGGGGAUUCGAAAAUCUGCUAUUGAGACCUUAGGAAAGCUUUCCCGACAGGUCAAUGUGUCCGAUUUCGCUUCUCUUAUGAUACAUCCACUGUCAAGGGUGAUUGCGGGUAGUGACCGUACCCUACGGCAAACCGCCCUGGAUUGUAUCUGCACGCUUAUAUUCCAGCUAGGGCAGGACUUCAACAACUACAUCCAGCUCAUGAACAAAAUUAUUCAAACCCAUCAAAUAAAUCAUCACAACUACCAAGUUCUUGUUUCAAAAUUACAGAAGGGGGAUCCACUUCCUCAAGAUCUAAACCCUGACGAGCACUAUGGAGCGCUUGGUGAUGAUGCUACGUUCGCCGAUGUCGGUCAAAAGAAAAUCCUAGUUAAUCAGCAACAUCUGAAGAAUGCAUGGGAUGCAUCUCAAAAAUCGACUCGGGAGGACUGGCAAGAAUGGAUUCGAAGAUUUAGUGUUGAGCUCCUGAAGGAGUCCCCAUCCCAUGCUCUUCGGGCUUGUGCUAGUUUAGCUGGAAUUUAUCAACCUCUUGCGAAGGAUCUUUUUAAUGCUGCAUUCGUUUCUUGCUGGACUGAACUUUAUGGCCAGUACCAAGAAGAACUUGUUCGCUCUAUAGACAUGGCGCUUACAUCCCAGAAUAUUCCCCCCGAAAUCCUACAGAUCCUUCUUAAUCUUGCAGAAUUCAUGGAACAUGACGACAAGGCAUUGCAUAUCGACAUCCGAACCCUCGGCAAGUAUGCCGGAAAAUGCCACGCCUUCGCCAAAGCUCUUCAUUAUAAGGAAUUGGAAUUCGAACAGGAUCAAAAUUCAGGCGCAGUUGAGGCAUUAAUCAGCAUUAAUAAUCAACUUCAACAAUCAGAUGCUGCGAUUGGUAUUCUUCGUAAAGCUCAGGCGUACAGAGAUGUUGAGCUCAAGGAAACGUGGUUCGUCAAGCUACAACGUUGGGAGGAGGCGCUGGCUGCGUAUAAGAGGCGAGAGCUUAUCGAUCCAGAUUCAUUCGAUGUUACAAUGGGAAAGAUGCGUUGUCUGCAUGCACUCGGUGAAUGGAAAAUGCUUUCUGAUCUCGCUCAGGAAAAGUGGAACCAAGCCUCCAAUGAACAUCGAAAGGCCAUGGCGCCUCUUGCUGCGGGCGCGGCCUGGGGCCGUGGCCAAUGGGAGCUUAUGGACUCAUAUAUCGGAGUAAUGAAAGAACAAACUCCUGACCGGUCAUUUUUUGGUGCGAUUCUGGCUAUACAUCGCAACCAAUUCGAUGAAGCGGCGAUGUUCAUUGAAAAAGCACGAAAUGGCCUGGAUACUGAACUUUCGGCAUUGCUGGGAGAGUCUUAUAACCGUGCUUAUAACGUCGUUGUUCGUGUUCAAAUGCUUGCAGAACUCGAAGAAAUAAUCACAUAUAAGCAGAACGCUGGUGAUCCUGAGAAACAGGAGGCAAUGAAAGAAACAUGGAAUAAACGACUCCUUGGUUGCCAGCAAAACGUCGAGGUAUGGCAACGCAUGCUCAAAGUAAGAGCCUUAGUCGUAUGUCCUCGUGAGAAUUUGGAUAUGUGGAUCAAAUUUGCGAAUUUAUGCCGCAAGUCAAAUCGCAUGGGUCUGGCAGACCGUUCUCUAAGCGCCUUAGAAAGUGGUGAGGGAUCAGACCAACCGACACCACCAGAGGUUAUAUACGCUCGACUCAAGUAUGACUGGACUGCUGGACGCCAAAAAGAGGCACUGCAGAUGUUACGGGAAUUCACUGUUGGGUUGACUGAAGAAUUCUCGCGAUAUAGCUCUGUUCUCAUCGCUCAUGGUGAGCAUGCUUCUUCAGACAGGCCCGGCCUUGUCAAUGGCAUUACCGACCAUCCUGACCUGGCCACUGCACGUCAACAUAUCGGUGAAAUGGGUAAAUUUCGACGACUACUGGCAAAAAGCUAUUUGAAGCAAGGUGAAUGGCAAACAGCACUUCAAAAAGGAGAUUGGACUUCAGAAGGAGUACGAGAUGUCUUGAAUUCGUAUUCAGCAGCUACACAAUAUAAUCUUGACUCCUACAAAGCAUGGCACGCCUGGGCAUUGACAAAUUUUGAGGUUGUAAACGCAUUGAGCGCUCAAACAAAUCGGGAAACCUUCGUUCCCCAUCACAUUGUUCUUGAACACGUCAUUCCUGCUAUUCGAGGGUUUUUCCGCUCUAUUUCCUUGUCGUCGACAAGUUCACUGCAAGACACUUUGAGGCUUCUUACCCUUUGGUUCAACCAUGGUGGCGAUGCUGAAGUAAGCGGUGUGGUCACUGAAGGAUUCUCUUCAGUUAGCGUCGAUACAUGGCUAGAGGUCACACCUCAGCUCAUCGCGCGUAUCAAUCAGCCGAAUGCACGGGUAAGGGGAUCUGUCCAUAGAUUGCUUGCGGAAGUUGGAAAAGCCCACCCACAGGCCCUGGUUUAUCCUCUGACUGUAGCAACGAAAUCUAACGUUGUGAGACGGUCUCAAUCUGCUACGCAUAUUAUGGAUAGUAUGAGGCAACAUAGCCCCAGGCUUGUUGAACAAGCGGAAAUUGUCAGUCACGAGCUGAUUCGUGUCGCUGUCUUAUGGCACGAGCUUUGGCAUGAAGGUUUAGAGGAAGCUUCUCGAUUGUACUUUGGAGAUCAUAAUGUCGAAGGGAUGUUUGCGACAUUGGCGCCUUUACAUGAUAUGCUUGAUAAGGGUGCCGAAACGCUUAGGGAAGUUUCCUUUGCUCAGGCAUUUGGCCGCGACCUUGCAGAGGCCAAGCAUUUUUGCAUUCUUUACCGCGAAUCAGGAGUUAUAGGUGAUCUCAACCAGGCCUGGGAUCUAUACUACACUGUCUUCCGGAAAAUUGCUCGUCAGCUCCCUCAGCUGUCUACUCUAGACCUGAAAUACGUCUCCCCUAAACUUAAGGACGCCGUUGACCUUGAGUUGGCUGUUCCUGGCACGUACCAGAGCGGUAAGCCUGUGAUUAGAAUCAUGAGCUUCGAUCCAGUGUCCACCGUGAUGCAGACCAAGAAACGACCCCGCAAAAUGACAUUGAAAGGUAGCGACGGAAAUUCAUACAUGUACGUCCUUAAGGGCCACGAGGACAUCCGGCAAGAUGAGCGUGUCAUGCAACUUUUCGGACUUGUAAAUACCCUCCUUGAUCAUGACAGUGAAAGCUUCAAGCGCCAUCUCACAAUUCAACGCUUCCCCGCUAUUCCACUAUCGCAGAACUCUGGCUUAAUUGGGUGGGUUUGCAACACUGACACAUUGCACGCUCUGAUCAAAGAAUACCGUGAAAGCCGACGGAUUCUAGUUAAUAUAGAGCAUCGUAUUAUGCUACAAAUGGCCCCAGAUUAUGACAACUUGACGCUUAUGCAAAAGGUUGAAGUAUUUGGAUAUGCCAUGGACAACACGACCGGGAAAGAUCUAUACCGAGUCCUUUGGCUCAAAAGCAAGAGUUCUGAAUCUUGGCUGGAGAGACGAACGAACUAUACCAGGUCUCUUGGAGUUAUGUCCAUGGUUGGAUAUAUUCUCGGCUUGGGCGACCGUCACCCGUCAAAUCUUUUACUCGAUCGCAUUACCGGCAAAAUCGUGCAUAUUGAUUUCGGCGACUGCUUCGAAAUUGCAAUGCAUCGUGAAAAAUAUCCUGAGCGUGUCCCAUUCCGUCUUACCCGAAUGCUCACCUUUGCUAUGGAGGUUAGCAAUAUCGAGGGUAGUUAUCACAUCACCUGUGAGGCUGUAAUGCGAGUCAUCCGAGAAAACAAGGAGUCUUUGAUGGCCGUAUUGGAAGCGUUCAUCCACGAUCCCCUCAUAAACUGGCGCUUAGGCGCUCGGGAAUCACCAGCUCGACCAUCUUUCCCCAUGGACCGCCGCCAAGCCAUCGCCGACGAAAUAAGCGUCGAACAUCCUGUGCAACCCAGCAAUUUCUCCCGGCGACGCCCAUCGAUUCUUGAAGGAGGCAUCCUUGACGCGCAGCAGGGCGUGCCCAAUGAAGCACGGGAAGUGCAGAAUGCACGAGCUCUUCAGGUUCUUUCGCGAGUGAAGGAGAAGUUAACGGGACGUGAUUUCAAAUCGACAGAGGAGCUGAACGUUUCCGACCAGGUGGAUAAGUUGUUAGUCCAAGCUACGAGUGUGGAAAAUCUUUGCCAACAUUACAUUGGGUGGUGUAGCUUUUGGUGAUUUUGUCUUUUUUCUUAUUUCUCGUCUAUGCGGAUUAACGCACAAGGUACAUGCCUACGGGGUGCGGGCUACGUUUGCAGAAUUUUUUCUGUUCCCUCUCUGUUUUUUUAAAUUCCAUUAUCUGUUGUAACGCAGCAUGUUUGAAUGUUUGCAUUUUCUUUUUUUCUCAUAAAUUUGCUGUGAUCUAUCAUUUAUUUGCCUGAAUUCGACAUUUCAUCAAGUCGACUCCGACGGUUUAACUGUACUUAGCUUGACAAUGAUACCCCAUUUUCCAAGAUUG